AUGCUUGAAUCAUUCUGGGGUUAUCCCACAACUAGCCAGAUUUCUUAUGAGGUAACUGUAGCGGAGGCAGCUGCGUUUAUUAUAUUCUUUGCUUUCAUCUACUACGAUACCAUCGUCUCGUAUGCGAUCAUCCAAGCUAUCCGUGGAAAGGGAAUCUGGAUGUCUUCCAUCGCUGCAGCAAGUGAAGCCCCUAGCCCUCCUCUAACUCCAGCCUUGCCUGUGGCUCGGUAUACUGCAGUUCUCGGCGGUCAAGCUCCAUAUACUACGUAUGGAGACUACUCUCACAAUGCUCGCCUACAGCUGUACAACAGCUAUUCCGCCCAGCCCCUAGAUCUACAAGAUUACCCAGCCUCCCCUUGGCAGAUAUUACCCCCUCCUGGCAGAUAUUACCCAGCCCUAUCAGGCAACGCGCCCCUCUCACCCCAGCCCAAUCACACCCCAUACCCCGCCGCCAAUCAGGGCCAGAUCCUUCCCGGCGGAUAUCAGAACAGCCACACUAUGGGAUCAGCCAUGCGGUCCAGUCUGAAGGAAGUGGUGGUAAUAUCCGCGACGGAGGACGUUUAUGCGUUGGUCCACGAGAGGGCAGGAAGCUUUGGUUUGCAAGUCUCGCAUAAUCGAAGUUGGGUAUCAUCUUCUUAUGAUGCGCUGGUAACUUGCGAAGGAGUUGUUCUGCGUCGGGCGCGGAACUCCGUCAGAGCGAGAGACGGUGUCAGUAGAACCAUCGGUCACCCAGUGCCCCUUGAUCGAGAACUCGGAGGAUUAUACAAGUGGCCACGAGAGUGUCCUCGCGUGAGCUGGCAAGACGUGCCGCAUCGACAACUUGAAGACCGAACUAGACUUCCAAAACUCGAUACGCUCGAUCGAUAUUCUGGUGACAAAUUAUCGCAACGCACACAUCCUCAUUGUUUACCUCACGGACUCGCUCGGAGUGGCCCGAGUCUUCCUCGGUGUAGCUCACUUGACGACGAGGUAGAAUGGAUUUUUAUAGGUCAUCCAGACUCCAGAGAUGUGCGAGAUGAGAUUACCCGUGAAAGCGCAUGCGUCAUUUUGCAGACGCGAUUUGUGGACGGGCACUGCAGGCCUGGUGAUAGGAAGCUGCUCCCACAGAAACAUAUAAUCACUGCGGAUUGGUCGGCCUUCGAGCAAUAUGCAUCUCGGGUGCAAGUUCUGGGAGACAUGAAUUCAAGUCUUUUCGGAGGCAUAGUCGUACAUGCUAUGAUAGGGUUUUCUUCGCGCUCGCUGUUGGUACUUAACCUUCGAGGAUUCAGAUGCGGAGAAGGUCCUCAUAGUUUUCUGCAUGCAUACGUUGCCGCCUGGAUCCUAGCCUCGGGACGCUUUGCCUGCGUCUGGCAUCUAAGGAAGAAGAGUGGUAUCAGGUCUCAGCAGAUACCAUGUUUAGAAGUCGUGGAAACACAUGCGACGUCUCCUCAAGUCAGCGAGCUCGCUCUCUAUGGAUUCACGCACCUGCAGGAAGUAUCACCUGCCUUGUUCAGCAACAACGCUUUAUCUUGUCCCAGAGGUCUCGUUGGCCUUCAAGUAUUGGACAUCCGGAUUGCAGUACCUCUCACCCGCGUCAAGUCUCAAUUUCGUACCUUCAGCCUCGACACAUUAAUUGUCCACUCGUUCGAUUUGUUCUUGAGCGGUAGCCUGAUAGAAGGCUGGGUGAUUCUAUGCAGACGGCCGCAGCUGGUAUCCGAACAUCAUGGAACUGCCGUCCAGCGCUCCCUGCGCAAGAUGAGCGUCGAGUUCUCUGGAGCGCAUCCUACUAGACGAUCGAUCUGCCUACGGCUGAGAGAACCAGGAGGGGGAGUUGCAGCUGCCUUCGAACAACCAUUGUCAGUCGCGGUCGUGCUUGUUGAGCUCGAGGAGGGGGGUUUGGACCAAGAUGCACGGCAGACCAAGUGGGAAGAGGUACCGGCGUACAGUGGUGUUCUCACCUUGGUCAGGUGGCAGGCCUCAAGGGUUGCAUACGUGGAGCUUGACACAGCCGUGACGCAGGACUGA